AUGCUGAUCAGCCCCGCGGUGGCUCUGAUCGACCGCGAGCCGUCACCGCCGUCUUCCCGAUCCCGGGUCGACCCCGUGGAAGGAUGGCUACCGGUUCGAUUGAAUCAUUUCGAUGCCUCCAACACGGACACUUUUCAAAUGCGGUUUUACUACAACAAUGAGUUCGCUACCAGCAACAACAUCGUGAUCUUCGUGGGUGGCGAGUGGGCGAUCUCGCCCGGCUGGUUGACCGGGGGGCUGGCGUAUGAGCUGGCCAACGCGACCGGUGCAGGACUGUUCUAUACGGAGCACAGAUAUUACGGGAUGACGAGACCUAGCAAUGACACUGCAGUGGCAGAGCUCCGCUUCCUAACAGUGGACCAGGCACUAGCCGACCUAGCGCAGUUCAUCCAGCACGUCCAGAGUGAGCAGUUCGAUGAUGGAAGGUUCAGAGGCGGUAAGGUGUCGCUAGUCGGCUGUUCCUACGCCGGCAGCAUGGCCACAUGGAUGCGUCUAGCCUAUCCUCACCUGGUGGCAGCUGCAUUCUCAGACAGCGGUCCACUACACGCCCAGGAAGAUUUUCCAGAAUAUCUGGAAGUCAUAGCGGAAGCCCUACGCACUCAAGGCAGUGAAGAGUGUGUAACGAGCAUCGCUGAAGCUGUCGAGGAUAUGGUGCAACAGCUGGCCACAGAGAGCGGGGCUAACACGAUCUCGGAAAUGUUCAAUACCUGCUCACCCAUCAAUGGCUCCAAUCCAUUGGACGUCGCCACAUUCUUCUGGUUUGGCAUCACAGAGACGUUUGCGUACCUCGUCCAGUACGCCAGGCCUGGUGACAUUCCAGCAGCGUGCGAGGUUCUCACCAAUGUUAACGUUACGGACCCUGUGCGCCGUUUAGCCAACUGGAUAACGGCCCAGUCCUGGACCCAGCCGUGCAUUGAGAGCCGCUAUAGCGAGCAGGUGGCCGCGCAUACUAACACCAGCUACGACGCUAGUGACGCUAACAUGCGCCUGUGGACGUACCAGACUUGCGUGGAGUACGGCUGGUACCAGACAACGAGCAGCACCCGCCAGCCCUUCCUCUCCACUGUACCUCUACAGUACUUCCAUCAGAUGUGCAAGGAUUUCUUCUCCACCUAUUUCGACGAGAACCUCCUUCGAUCGGGAAUACAGCGUACAAACCUUCUUUUCGGUGGACUGUCACAUUUGCCGGACUACGUGGUGUCUGUAGCUGGCGGACACGAUCCCUGGUCACCUAUGGGGCCCAAUGUAACAAAUGCAACGCCUUUGGCACCUGUUUAUGUGGUGCCUAUGGUUUCCCAUUGUCGGGCUAUCAGACCUACAGGCGACAGUGAGACAGAAGAAUUGGAAGCGACGAAGCAAGCAGUUCUACGCAACAUGCAGGAGUUCCUGGACGGUAGACUGCCCACGCCAAUCGAAAGCUCGGCAGCCACAUUAACUCCGAUUGCCUUUACUUUGGCUAUUACUAUUAUAACUUUGUGUAAUUGGAAGUUUGUUUUACUAUAG